AGUAGGAAACAGGAGGCUGUGGAGAGUACUCCGAGCUGCUAGCUGCCCCCAUGAUUGCCCUCCAUGGAGAAAAACGUGAUCAAAUUCAGUCACUGUGGCAAGGCCAUCUUUUGUUUCUUCGUCCCCGAGCAGUGCCCUGAGUGUGGGGUAAGCUUCAGUGGUAAGAGGCUAGAGGAAGCUCCUGUCAGUGUGCCAAACCCUUUCUCCAACGGACACAAGGUGCUGUGCGCUUUCCUUGUUGCUCCUACAGAGGCAAACACUCUCAGGGAAUUUAAUGGUGGAUCAGACCUACAUACUGGAAUUACUGACACAAAUGGAGUAGUAUAUAACUACACCAAGAACGGGGUCUGCAGAGACCACCAGGGCUGGGAAAGGUGCAUCAGCAUACCCUUAGUGCAGCCAGACAUGUACAAUCUCAUCAAUCAAUGGGAUCAAUACUUAGAGAAGUUCUCCUCUGCACAAAUGUGGGAUCCACUGUGUCAAAGCUUCCAUGAAGAGAGCCACAACUGCUACAGUUUCACCCUGACCUUCAUAAACCGCAUGCUGGCCACACAGUCCAAGCGAGCCCUCAGUAAAGACGAGUUCACUCGUACCUUUGUGCUGCCACGCAUCAAACAGGCUUCUAAGUACAGCCUACUAUGCCAGGAGAUUUCCAAGAACCACUUCUACAUCGUCAACAGCCUAAAGGAAGACGUGCGGGGAGGUCAAAGCGACGGGGACUAAGGGGAGAGCAAGUCUUGAACUCACUGUAGUUUGUAUGUACGGGUUUCCUUCUAGGCUCUGCACCCGAGCGAAGUGUCCGGGUUCAGAGCAGCAGUGUGAAAUCUUAUCUGCAAGUGUGACUACAGAGUUGCAAUCCAGGUAAGAAGGAGCGUACAUUGUUCCCACUCGUUUAAUCUGAUGGUUGGAAUUAAAUAAUCCCACACAAGCCCUUUGCUGAUAAGAUAAAUAACAUUACAGCAUUAAAGAAUGAAUAUAACUUUACAAUAAUAAAGAAUGAAAAUAACCUAUUUUGGGCACCUGUCCAAAAUUAUGACUAAAAAGUUUUUUUUCUGUAAAAGUAUAAAAGUAGGUGUCAUGCUGAUUUAAGAGAGUGGGCAGACCACAAUCAGAUAUUUUCUUAUUCAUACGAGAAACUACUCCUGAAUCUUGUAUUAACAUUGUCCUUCAAUAAAACAACUAUGCUUCUCAAUA